CGCUACUACUUGGACCGCGUAUUCACACUUUGACCCAUAUCAAAAAAUAACAACAACAUUUAGCCUUCUGGACGCACCAGUCGCUGCAUACAUUUCUAGGCAGAGAGGAUAAAGUGGAAACAUUGGAGAGCUCAAGUUACUUUUUGGGUCUCUUUUGUGGUUUUCCAUGCUCGGAGAGAAUCGACUGUCUCGGGACACCUCGAUGCGCGCUUCAACAAUAUAAGCGAUCCAUAAAGUGUGGCGCUUCUAGGGUUAUAGACGGUGACCCGGGGGUCCCCUUUGUACACCUCGGACAGCCUCUUCGCUGGAGGGAUCUGUCUAUCUUUGGGUUUGUAGGAGGUAUGACUGCGCUGGCUGGGUCUAUUCCCAGGAUGAUGCGACCCACGCUGGCACAGAACUACCCUCGCAGUGGCUUCCCUCUCGAAGUGUCAACUCCGCUGGGUCAAGGCCGAGUAAACCAGCUCGGUGGAGUUUUCAUAAAUGGCAGGCCUUUGCCCAACCACAUUCGACAUAAGAUCGUGGAAAUGGCCCACCACGGCAUCAGACCGUGUGUCAUCUCCCGGCAGCUGCGGGUCUCCCACGGCUGCGUAUCUAAAAUCCUGUGCAGAUACCAGGAGACCGGCUCCAUCAGACCCGGGGCCAUUGGAGGCAGCAAACCAAAGCAGGCAACGACGCCCGAUGUGGAGAAGAGAAUAGAAGAAUGCAAGCGAGAAAACCCGGGUAUGUUUAGCUGGGAGAUUCGGGAUAAAUUACUGAAGGAUGGCAUAUGUCACCGCAACAAUGUCCCUUCAGUCAGUUCCAUCAGUCGCGUUAUGCGCAACAAGUGUGGAGGGAAAGACGAUGAAGAGGAAGAUGAGGAUGACAUGGAGAAGAGUGAACUGGAAGAAAGUGACCGAAGAGGCAAGCACAGCAUUGAAGGCAUCUUAGGAGACAGAUCGAGGUCACUCCAGAUGAGGGUUCGGAAGUGGAGUCAGAGCCUGAUCUGCCACUAAAACGGAAACAGCGGCGCAGUAGGACCACCUUUACGGCAGAGCAGCUGGAGGAGUUGGAGAGGGCCUUUGAGAGGACCCACUACCCUGACAUCUACACCAGGGAGGAGCUUGCCCAAAGGGCUAAACUGACUGAGGCCAGGGUGCAAGUAUGGUUCAGCAACCGAAGAGCCAGGUGGCGAAAGCAAGCAGGGGCCAACCAGUUGAUGUCCUUUAAUCACCUGAUCCCAGGAGCUUUCCCCACCUUCAGCCAUGUCCAGCCUUACUCCUUACCAGCUCUCUGACAGCGCCUAUCCCUCAGCAUCCAUAGCACAAGAGCCGCCCAGCACGCUACACCGACCACAGCCUCUCCCGCCGUCGUCGGGUCACCAAGUGUCUAGUGGUGGAGGACAAGGUGAAGGAAGCUCAGCCUACUGCCUUGUCUCUGGACGCCACUCUUUCUCAGGAUACUCGGAAAGCUUUGUGAGCCCAGCCAAUCCCAUGAACCCGGCCAUUGGAAAUGGACUCUCCUCACAGGUGAUGUGGUCUGCUGAAUCAGCGGUGGGGUUCCACAUCAGCGCAAAGUGACUAUGCCAUCUCACCUCUAACUGGUGGUCUCGAACCGGCUGCCGGCAUGGCUGCCAGUUGCAGCCAACGCAUGGAUCACAUCAAAGGUCUGGAGGGUCUGACCAGUGUUCCCAUCAUGUCAGCUCUGCCCUCCUGCCCCAGCUCGCAGUCCUACUGCCCCCCCUCCUACAGCUCCCAGGGCUACACAGUCGAUCACAUGGCGUCCUACCAGUAUGGCCAGUACGGACAAAGUCCCCUUCCUUAUCUGAGGCCUGAGAUUGCCUGACCCAAAGCUUGAGUCCACAAAGAAUGAAGACGAUCAUUCGUCAACAGGACCAAAAUAAAUUGGAUUAUGUUCUCUGAUGCAGGACAUUUCAUGAUUAUAUCUUGUGAAAGCCAGAGAGCUCUAAGAAGGGAACAUAAGAAAGAAUAUCACACCAAAAAAAAAAAAUCAUCCACUGUGGAUGAAUUGCGGAUGAACAGCACAGAUUUCAGCGCUUAAUUUGGUCAGUUCUGGACAUGUGGCUUUCUGACCAUUUUUACUUCUCAGUGAAGUCCAACAAUCACUCCCUGUGGGGUCUUUUUUUUUUUUUUUAAAAAACGAUGAUGAACCCCACUGUUUCGCCGCAAGAUGGCCAGCCGUUAAAAAGACUCGAGGCAACAUGUUUACAUAUCUUACAGCCACAUGACGAUGUAUGAAAUUCCAUGUAACACCAAAUGAAUCUCCCAAAUCGUUUCUGCCCGGACGGGUGGGAGGAAACACGCUUUGCUGAUUUUAUCUAUAUGGCAUUUAUUUGAGAUCCCACACAAGCCACACAUGAAGAGAUAUUCUAGAAGCAAAGAAAGCAAACACGGGGAAAUGAAUAUCUGGGUUAGAAUAUAUAAGUAACGCUAAAAUACACUACAGCUGUACUGCUGAGGAAGUUCAUUUAAACCUCCAUCUAAGCACUCGCGCUCCUCCUCCGUCUUCUUCUCAUUGACGUUUCGGGCGGCGAGGCACAGAUCUUGGCCUUUUGUAAUGGUUCGGAGGCCUUGCAAGAGGUCAGAGGUGACUUUAGAGAAAGUGACAGAUGAGAGAGCAGUAGAAGAGAAGUGGUUUUAACAAAAAGGGAGGGGGGGAUGGGACGGUUGAUAGGCAAGAUCGAUCACAGGCUUAAACCCUUUUAAAGAUCUUUCUCUUGCGGGAAAAAUAAGUCACCAGGUCAUAAGUCACGACCACAAAACACUUGAGAAAGCAAACGAGCAGCAAAGUUUAGAUAAAAGCUGGACAUGCAUUUUCCCCGUAGAGCAGGAGUGCAAUAUAUCACAUGUCGCAGUGUCAGCCACAUCAUUUGAGGAAACACUUGACCUAUUUGAGACUUUUCAUUGUAUUUUAUAUUUUUUUUAAUAGGGAAACAUUUAAGUUCAAAAUUAUUCCCAAAGUGGAUUAUGUUUUUUAAGCAAUUAACUAUGACCAAUUAUUUUCUCAAAAUCAUUAAUGAUAUUAAAAAGCUACCCACUUGGGUAACUCGACCAAUAUGUCAGUUUUCCAACUAAUUGCAGUCCAUUGCCUUUUGUGUUCAUUCCCACAGAAAUUGUCAUGAGAACAGCAAUUUAAUGUGCUCACUAUGAGAUGAUUAGAAUACAACAAAUUACAUUAGAAAGAACAAAGACAAAAUUGUUAUAUCGUUGGACCAAUCUGUCUCAGUUUUCCAUUCCAACCAUUUUUGUCACAAACCAUUCCAAGCAGCAAAAGGGGAUUUUAUCUAUAACCCCCUCCGCCCCUGAAAAAACAAAAAAACAAACAACCAAACAAGAAAACAUGCCCACAUGCAAGCACUCUGUUGUUUGAAUAUUUGGUAGUAUGAACCAGUUCUUUUAGUCAUGUAUGUUUUUGUAUUAUGAAGUGGUAUCACAUAAGCCCAUGUAUGUGUAUAAGCACAUUAUCAUUAUUAUUUAUAAUUAAAUAAAAAGUCUGAAAAUUCA